AUGUCCAGCCCGUCAUCUCAAACAAGGACUUCGCCAAGUAGAAAAACUCCGCGCAAUCCAUCAAAUAAGCACUGGGUUCAAGAACAGCAACGGAGGGCAUUUUUACACCAUCUCACACAGUGGUCGAGUAAUCACGAUUCGAGUGCGCAUUUCCAAGGCAAAAUCAGUAUAUUUCCAGAUUCGCAAGUGGCAGCACGGAUAGGGUUAGGUCAAUCGGUCGCUUGUAUUCUUACAGAAAAUACGUUCACGGAUGCGAGGAAGAAGAUCAUUAUUCGACUUUUUCCACCGCAGGAGAAUCCGACGAGUAAAGGACGAAAUUUGGGACAUCACAGACGGCACGACUCUAUGGAGCCAUUUAGAUCCGAACUGAACUUCAGUGAGUGGCAAAGAGGUGUCCCAGGUGACACCAAGGAUGAUGGAGAGCACAAAAAGGUGCGACAAUUACAAGGCUCUGCGAACGGUUACUACAAACUUGUGGUUAGAUGCGGCGCAGGGUGGAUAUCAGCGCGCGAGUACUUUAGUAAGAUUUACUUUAGCCAUCUCGAGGCGCAAAAGGCAAACGCUGGGACCUGCAGACGCAACCUGGACGACUCCCUUAAAUCCCGAUCUGAAUUGCUUGGUCCUCCGCCUGCCCCCAAAGACUCCGUCCCGAUCUGCCCACUAUUUCACCCCUUCAGCAGGUUACCGCUAGAACUCCAGGAGAUGAUCUUGAGCAUGGCUGCUUGCCAUACGCGAGCCUACAAUCUCUGCUACGACUCUCAUCUCAUCCACAAGAGUAAUAGAAACGAACCAUCACCCAUCUCCCUCUCAACCAUGUUUCGAAUCUCGAAAGCCAUCAACGAGAGUUUGGUUCCGUUUGUCUUCCAUAGCACGGACUUCCACUUCGGUCUUACUGGCUUCACCAAUUUCCUUUGGCAAUCUGGACCGAUCAAUCGCCUGGAAACUAGACGCCUUACGUUCCAUUUCGGCAAGCUUGCACUACUGCAUUGCAUCCGUUGGCUCGCACCCGACCCCGUCUUCGAGCUUUUGGAGCCUCCAGUCGUCACCAACCCGCCGUCACUCCAGUACUUUUGGCGGUGCCAGAUCCAAGACCUCGUGCGCGACCUUCACCUUCUCACUCUAACAGUGGACCUCGAGGGCAUACCUUCAGCAGACAUCCCAAUGGUUGUGCACAUAUUACAGGGUGUAUUCGGAAGUGUAGAGCGGAUGCUGUUUGUGGAGACGGACAAAGGUAGCAACAGCAAGAAGGUUAAAUUAAGUGAUGAAACAGUUAAGAUGGCGGGGAGGAUGAGCUGGAGGGAGAUGUGUAAGGCAUAUUGGGAGGGGCACCGCACGCAUCAGUACUUCUUCAAAUGGGACUUGAUGCGCGCAACGACGGAGGAAUUUGACAAGUUGAUGGAAGAGGACAAGGAUUUCUUCGAUAGCGUCACUUGACGUCUGCUUAGCUUACAUUUGCGCUCUAUGGCACAGCGCGCAGGACCAGGAGCCCGCGUCCGGAAGCCAAGGAAUAAUGAUUUACGCUUUACGAGUUCAAGGAAUGUA